AUGAGCGCUCAAGCGAACGUUAACGGCGAACAUGCAAUUGAAACAUUGACCUAUGAAAUCGGUCUCGAUGUUGCUCUGGCUGGUUUCACUAAAAAUCCCAUCGAAUAUGAAAAAUACAGUGCUGCCGCAAACGCAAAUGCACGUCAUUCAUACGGCCUCGGACCAGAUGUUGGUAUUGGCGCGCCCAAUGUAGCACGACGAAGCGCACAAUAUGAUCCAGCUGCCGCCAUGUUCGAUUACGCAGAUGUAAAUCACGACGGAGGAAUUGAUCAAGCUGAAUUCAGCACUCUCAUGAGAUCGCUUUGA